UUGUAGCUUGUUUUCGGAGCACUGAAUAUCUAGAAAUAUAGACAUGUGGGGUAAGAUUGGACGUGUUUUCAGACUCUUUUCUCACUUCAUUGUGCAGUAAACAAAAGUAUUGCAUCUGCCAGAGCAAAAAUCAGAAUCGAGUUCAGUUAAUUAGCGUGAAAAAAAGGAAGUUGAUCGACCCGUUUAUUGUUGGUUUAGAGUAGAGAGAAUAAAACACCCAAUUACAAGUAGCGAGUUUUGCCACUCAAAUUUAAUUGACAAGGUGCACACUUAUUAUUUUUAGACUGAAUGCAGGGCGAGCGCUUAUAAAUAGGCACUAAGUAGGGGCAGUUGAUUUCAUUUGCAAAUACCAGCGUAUAAAUUGCUGCUUCAGAAAAGUUUACCGUUAAUUUGAAAAUGGAAAAUUUGCGUCGAAUUUCAUGCACUGUCUGCUUCUGUUCUAUCUUCACUCUUACGCAUGCUUGGGGCGAGGAAUACCGCGCUGCAGACGAUGCAACGGUUAUACCCAUUGUCUUGCCAAUUGUCGGUGUCGUGAUGCUGGCUUGCAUUGUCGGAUGCUGUGUGCAGGGGAGGGAAUGUUCUUGUUUUAAGAAGGACGACGAUAAAGAUGAUCCGAAAAAGAAAGAGCUGGAAGGAAACACUCUUGGCAGACAGCAGCGGGUUUCAGAUUUUGUGUUGGAAAACGAAAAAAGCGCCUACAGCUCCAAGUCCAGUACUUCCUCAUACAGAGUCGGUCAGCUGCCUGGUUACAGCACAGGAGCAGCCAGAAUUUCAAGUUGUAACCCCAAUACUAAUAAUCAUGGACGAGGUGCAAGAUCUUCAACUCCGUAUGGACUCCCCAACAACUACAAAGUUGCUCCUCAUAAGACUCGGUCAGCGUCAGUUUCCAGCCACCCGCAGUACAGCCGCAUGCAGCAGCAGAGAGCAAACAACUUUUAGACGAGUUUGACUGCUAUUAAAUUAGCAUUUCUAUCUUCGCUGCGAUUCAAGGUUGCACAUUGGACUGUCGAUUUUGACUGCACUUCUUAUUUAACACAUUUUUUGACUACGAAAUUAUACAAAGCUUUCAAUAAAGGCAUACCGGCCGGGAAAAAUCUUCAAAUGUAAAUAGAACUGAAGAACCAACAACGCAUUCAAGCUUUCUUCCCCCCUUUUAAACAAUGUUGAUAUAUAUAAUAUUUGAAAACUAUAACACAUGGUGUUCUACCACAUAAUGACAACUUUGGACAAGCAAAAAUGGUUUCGUUACGAAUUUUCCUUUUCCAUUUCGCCUUCAACUGUGCAUAAUGUAUAUAUAUAUAUUUAUAUAUAUCUAAUUGAAUAACAAGUUUUAUCAAUUUUUCGACACGACGCUCAUUUAAUUGUACAUAUGAUCUAUUUUUAGAGAUUUUAUCAAACAAAGUUACUCAAAUCUCGUAUAUAUAUGCUGUAAUUGUUGCACAAACUAGUCAGUGUUUAAAUACGUAACAAUGCAAGCUUUAUUCUGGAGAGAUAAUGUCACUCAAAUGCUGCGAUGGCUUAUGUGAAACAAGUUUGUGUGCUGGUUAUUUUUUCCCUUUCUAAUUUAGUUUGUACAGUAAUGACAUUUCUAAUAUGGGAAGGUUACCAUUACCUCAUUAUACUAUAAUAUUUCAGCAUA